AUGACGGACGUACGGCCACAAGAGAAGCACAACCCGAGCCACGACCUCAGUGGAAACAACUCAGAAAAGGACGAUGAAACAACACGAAGCCCCAGCCCUGUCGGCGAGCAGAACGAGAAGAAGCCUGUCGACGCCCAAGGACGGAGAGAACUUAAGGAGACCGAUGCUCCAGAGAUCCUGGCAUAUGCCUGGCCAACAUGGAAGAAAUGGAUGUAUCUGUCUGGUGUCGCCGCCAUUCAGAUAUCCAUGAACUACAACACUUCAGUCUUCCCUAGUGCUGUAACACCUUUAACAAAGGCUUUUGGUAUCGGCGCACAAGAAGCAAGAACCGGUCAAAUGAUCUACCUGAUCCUAUACUCCUUCGGUUGCGAAUUGUGGGCACCUUGGUCUGAGGAGUUUGGUCGUUGGCCCAUCCUCCAGCUCUCAAUGUUCCUCAUCAACAUCUGGCAAAUCCCUUGUGCCUUGGCUCCCAACUGGGGAACCAUUCUAGUUUGCCGUGCUUUGGGUGGUCUGUCUACUGCUGGCGGUAGCGUGACUCUCGGUCUUAUUGCCGAUCUGUACCAACCCGAGGAACAACAAUACCCUUUGGCCUUCAUUGUUCUGUCUUCUUGCAUCGGUACCAGUAUUGGAGGUGUCAUUGGUGGACCCAUCCAACGCUUUCUCGAGUGGCAGUGGUUCUUCUGGAUUAUGCUCAUCUUCGGAGGCGUCGUUCAAAUCGUCCAUUUCUUCAUGCCCGAGAGUCGCUCGACCAUUCUCCUCGACAGAGAAGCCAAGCGUCGCCGCAAGAGUGGUGAAGACCCCAACAUCUACGGACCCAACGAGCUCAAGUCGCCCCGUAUUUCGCUCAAGGAAGCUGGUAAAGUCUGGAUCCGUCCCUUUGAGAUGUUCCUCCGCGAGCCGAUCGUUCUUUGCCUGUCGCUGCUCUCUGGUUUCUCUGAUGCGCUGAUCUUUACUUUCCUGGAGUCUUUCCCCGAGGUCUAUGGCAAGUGGGACUUUGGCAUCCUUGCUCAGGCUUGGGCCUUCAUCCCCAUCAACCUUGCAUACUUCCUGGCCUAUGUCAUGUACCUUCCAUGCUUCAUGCGUGACAACCAAAUCCGCAGAAGAAAGGGUCCUGACUGUUUCCUGCCAGAACGCCGUCUCAAGGUGCUGCUUUGGCUUGCUCCCCUAGAACCUAUCGGUUUGAUUGGUUUCGCCUGGUGCUCGUUGGGCCCCGCCUAUAACGUCCAUUGGAUCGCACCCAUGAUCUUCUCCACUCUGGUCGGUAUCGCCAACUAUGCCAUCUACUUCUCAUCAGUUGAUUACAUGAUCGCCGCAUAUGGUGUCUACUCUGCCUCGGCCUGCGGUGGUAACGCCUUUGCCCGUGACUUCCUCGCUGGAGUUUCGGCCAUGUACGCCACUCCUCUUUACACAAAUAUCGGAGGACACAGCGUAGAAUAUGCCAGUACCAUUCUCGCCAGUGCGUCGGUUCUUGUGGUUACUCCGAUCUACGUCUUCUACUGGAAGGGACCUGCCAUUCGUGACAGAUCGAAGUUCGCAAAGACUCUUGCAGAGGACCGCAAGAAGGAGGGUGUCAGACGUCUUAGUUAUGCUGACAACUUGCCUGUCUAA